GGAUGCGUUUGUAAAAAAGAAAUGAGGAACAAUCUCUUGAAAUUCCAAUCAAGUAUUAUCAUUCUAUACACUACAUCUUGGAUAGCGUUAUUAUUUUAUUACGACUAGUUCUCCAGUGGUUGGCUGACAGAAGAGCAGAGAGAGAAUUAAUUUAUUUAGUUUCGCGCGAGGCAUUGGUCUGGAAUGAGGUAAAGUUAGAAAGAGAUACCGAAGUACUUGGACUAUCAAUUAGCAACAUAAACAAGGAUCAGCAUACGUGCGGGGUACUAGGACACCAUGGAGGUGGAUAGUGUAACCACUGCAACAUUAGAAACAUUUGCAGUGCACGAAAUGACUGACGAUACACUGGAAUACAGUAAUGAUACGGCAUAUGAAAACUACGCUAGCUAUGCCGAUGAGUUGACUAUAUCUAUUGAGGAACGUGAUAAAAGUAUCCGAGUGGCGGUAUUUUCAACAUGUCUCUGUAUCACUAGCCUUAUCGUCAAUGCUGUUGCCAUAACAGCCAUAAAACACUGCCCCGGGAAAGCCACCAACAGUCAUUUCCUUUUCAUAAACUUAGCAGUUGCAGAUAUGAUCGGAUCGAUUGCAUCGUAUUUUGAAGCAUUGUUCUUCGUGUUGUACAAUCUUCAGGGCAAUGAUAACAUAUUCGAAGCGGGAGCUGUGAUGUUCAUGUUAUUCACACUUGGAUAUUUAGCAUCUGCUCUGACUCUGUUGGUGUCGGCGAUCAUCAGAUAUUUCGCUAUCUGUAAUCCCCUCAAGUACGUGCAUAUCACCACAUCAAAGGUCUGUUGUUUCAUGACCAUUGCUUGGAUUAUCUCAGCCGUAGUUGCGGGACCACUAGUGGCCAUCGCAUUCCUUUUGGUUUCUCCACCAAGUUUAUGGAGGCACCUGAAAGCAUUCCAUGAGGGUUAUUCCUACGUUUACCCGAUUAUCGUAUUCAUUAUAUUCACUAGUAUUAUCAUACUAUACAUCCGAGUCUACAAGGAAACUAUGGCGUUGCAGGAACGAUCAUCUGAGCUCCAUCCAGGAUUGCAAGUUCCAGAAAACCAUAAAGCGUUUGUCACUACAUUGCUACUAGCCGGAACGCUUGUUUUCACAGCCAUUCCUUAUAUCGUUAUAAGGGUUGCCCGUAGUAGAGGCGGUCCACAUUCCGACAUGAUCGACCGUAUCUAUUGGGAUUUUGUCUAUUAUCUCCCACUUGUGAACUUUAUCACCGACCCUAUCAUAUAUGGCUACAGAACACGUGACUUUCAGAAGGGAUACGCGGUUUUGCUCAACAGAUGUCGCUGUUGCUCACCGAGGAUUAAGGCGCGUCUGUCAUGUUGUCUAAAAACGAACACCAGGGUUUUAAGGAGUCACAAAUAUAUCACUGCCCCUACAACAAGUAAUGGCAUAACAAGUGAGAAUUCUAUGGUGUAA